GCGCUACGUCAUCAAAAAGGACGCUGCGCCGCGGCUCCUCGAGACAGAGGAGAAAUAAACAGAAACGGAGGAAAAUAAAAACAAACGCGCUGAAGAUUUUAGAGAUAAAGGCUCCGAACCGGCGGCUCCGCGGCUCACAGCGGCUCACAGCGGCUCCGCGGCGGAUCACGGAGCUCAGAAACCCCGCCGAGUGAACACGGAGCGAGUGAUUCCUGUGGAGAGUCAUGAUCCAGAGGUCGGCCAAUGGCUACACUCAGCUGACCUUGACCUUCGCCCUCACGCUGACACUGGGCCUGCUGCAGUGGCCUUUGGGAGAGGUCAGAGGUCAAGGCGAGCUCUCCCCUGCCCUGGUCCUACAGCAGCUGCUGAGUCGCUAUGGCGAUAACGGCACCAUCUCGGUGCCGCAGCUGCGGUCGCUCCUCAUGCACCUCAACACGCAGCAGAAUGAGGAAAACGACACGGAGACGCCGGCUCCGCCCACCAGGACCAACACCUCCACGUGUCUGGCUGCAGGAACUCUGGCGGUUCACGGUCUGAGUGAACAGUCCCGUCUGGACGGCCCGGGUCUGCGUGAGUUCUGCCCCACUAUGCUGCAGCAGCUGGACGCUCGAGCCUGCCUGGCCCAGCAGAGCCAGGAACCGGAACCCAGCCCCCGACCCACCAACGCCGAGGUGUGGGGGUAUGGUUUCCUGUGCGUAACGGUCAUCUCGCUGUGCUCUCUGGUGGGCGCCAGCGUGGUGCCCUUCAUGAGGAAAACCUUUUACAAGCGGCUGCUGCUCUACUUCAUAGCUCUGGCCAUCGGCACGCUCUAUUCCAACGCCCUCUUUCAGCUCAUCCCCGAGGCCUUUGGGUUUGACCCUCUGGAGGCGUACUAUGUGUCUAAGUCUGCGGUGGUUUUUGGAGGGUUCUAUCUGUUCUUCUUCACCGAAAAAGUCCUCAAGAUGAUCCUGAAGCCCAAAGAGAAGGGAGGUCAUGGUCACAGUCAUUUCCCUGUAGAUCGCUAUGGUAACGGUGAUGUGGAAGAUGGAGUGAUGGAGAAGCUGCAGAACGGAGAGGCGGGAGGAGGAGUGUCUCUGCCGAGAGUGGAUGGAGAGAUCAGGGGGGUCGCAGAGGAGGACCGAAUGCUGAGCACCACACAGACGGUGCAGGACUCUCAGAGCGCUGGGGGAGGAGGGGGUGGUGGGGGUAGUACAGGUGGGUGUUACUGGCUGAAGGGUCGAGCGUACUCUGAUAUCGGCACUCUGGCGUGGAUGAUCACUCUGAGUGACGGACUCCACAACUUCAUCGACGGUCUGGCCAUCGGCGCGUCCUUCACCGCCUCUGUCUUCCAGGGCAUCAGCACCUCGGUGGCCAUCCUGUGUGAGGAGUUCCCUCACGAGCUGGGUGACUUUGUGAUCCUGCUGAAUGCCGGGAUGAGUAUCCAGCAGGCUCUUUUCUUCAACUUCCUGUCGGCCUGCUGCUGUUAUCUGGGAAUGGGCUUUGGAAUUCUGGCUGGAAAUCAGUUCUCUCCAAACUGGAUCUUCGCUCUGGCGGGGGGGAUGUUUCUGUACAUCGCGCUGGCAGAUAUGUUCCCGGAGAUGAACGAGGUGAGCCGAGAGGAGGAGGAGGCCGGAGGGAGCGGCUCCCUUCUGACCUUCGCCAUCCAGAACGCCGGCCUGCUGACCGGAUUCAGCAUCAUGCUCCUCCUGACCAUCUACUCGGGACAGAUCCAGCUCGGAUAGCAGUGGACCGGGACCGACCCCGCAUCCCGCCGGACUGAACUUGACCUUUUAACCCCUCGUCUUCAGGGGUGAGCCCAAAGAAGAGUGAGUGACGGACUCAGACGUGAACUCUGAGCCUAAGCGAGACCCCUGGACCAGCUGGACUAGGUCUGGACCAAAACACCCGAAUUUAAGACCUUUUACCAGUCGAGACGUAGUGAGUUAGUUCCGGACCUGCAGACGAAUCUGACUGAGUCAAACUGACCUAGAAUAUGCAUAUUAAUAUGCACUUUUCCAUGAGUUCCCUCAUUUUCACCGUUUCUCUUUCCAUUUUUACGUCUUCCUUUCUUUUCCGCCCUCUUCAUUUCCUGCGGAGGCCUUGUCUGUUUAACGUGUGUUUAGACUCGUAAACUCCUCUGUUUCAGCGUGUUACUCAGUCCUGUUACCCCAGACGCUUAACCCAGUCCUGCUGGUGCUGAAAACGUAGUCAUUUAUGCCCGAAAACGCUUCUUAAAGCGAUACUGUGCUGUUUUUCAGCUUCAUCUCCAUCUGUUGCGUCUGUAGAGCACAUCGAUCGAUUACCACGUACAGCUCCUCUCAACCCUGAGCUUAGAAAAGAGCAGAAAACCUCUUAAAACUCACUUAGAAUAGACGUCAGAGGGCAGGUGCAGAAUUUGGCUAAUAAACGUUUUGAAAUAAAGUUUUAUCCAACUUUCCAACAUCAGAGCAACACAAUUUCAGCAAAGUAGUUCAGGUUAAUUUCCCUUUCCUUACGGCCGUUUUUACACAGUGAAACUUCCAUGCAGCUGUUGUACGUUGCUUGCAACAUAAUUUCCAUGCAACUUGGCAGUUAAAUGACGCAAUUUAAAACGCAACACAUUCAGUUUCACCAUGAUCAGCAAAUUUAGCAGCUUUUCUUUUUUAAUACAGCCCAUCGUUCAUGCGACAGUCAUGUGAUGUUAUUUACAUUUACAUAUCUGUACCAAAUUCUAUCCUUGUACAAUUUUUCAUGCUGCCGUUCUCAUCGUUCAUUUUUCUGUCGUAGUUUCCUUCAUUCAGAGCUUUAAUGGAUCUGAGCUCUGUGUAAAUUUAGGGAUAAGAAAUAAUAUUUAAAAAUCAAGUUUGGAGAAAAUCCAGCUGCAUAGAUCACAAUACAGCAGCUAAAGAAGAGCAGACGGUGGAGGGAGCAGCUGUUAGCGUGAGCUGCUUAGCACUUUACAGAAACAUUAGCUUUGAGAAACUCAGUUUGUUCUUGCAGCUCAGAAAACGGACAAAAUGAAAGUCAGAACGACCUCCUUUACAUCCGCCCUCUAGUUUACUUUCACAUCCAGUGAUCUGGUGAGGUCGCCUGAUAAGAUCAUGUGGUUCAUCAUCUUCGUUUUGAUUUCAAACACGUGAAACUUUUGCAACAUUCAAAUGCAGCUUUUCACAGAGGGCCAGAUCACAGCAUGUCAAAAUACCAGAGGGAUGAAAUAUUAUUCACAAAUGAUUCUAAAUAUUUACGAUAUCAGAGGACAGAAUCAGAGCUUCUGUGUUUCCUAUCACUGAGGAAAAGAUGCACGAGGCUUCUUUAUUGUUGCUCAGAGCAGUUUAGAUCCAUAAGCUUAUAAUAAACAAUUAAACUGUUAGGAACAGUAAAACGUGUCUGAUGUAUGAAUACAUUCCUGUUUAAAGGAUUCGUUAUUGACGUGUUCAAAAAUAUAAUUAGUGAGAUAAACUAAACAAAAAUCUAUAAAUUAAUCAUCAUAAUCAGUCGUUAUUGCUCCUCCUUAAAGGGUUAACAUGUCCUGAUCUGCUGAAUCUGCUCUGAUGUGAAGUCGGUGCUGUGAGACUCGGAGCUGCAGCUGCUUUAGUUCCUCUCCUGAAUGUUUACUGUGAUGUUCUGCUGUUUAAAUCUGCGGUUCUCGGCGUUGGUCUGAGCUUUAUGGCUCAGUCUGGACUAAAUGUGUCUUUUCAAUUAAGUCAUGAUCUCAAGAUAACAACCCAGAAAAUUAUGGCCUCUUCAUGGCCUCCCUGGACUUCUGUAUCCCAGGACGUGACGUGGGUCUGUUUUGUCUGUUCUGGGUCGUCAGAUGUCAGAGAAAGUAAACAUCGAGACACGUCGUGUGCCGUAAAACCUUCUGAGGUAUCGCGAUUCCGUUCGGCCGUAUCGUCCGGCUCUAACCCGGCGCCCUUAGACCUCUAAUACAGUGAGUUGGUAUCAGUGAGUCUGUUGGUUUCUGAGUUCAGGGAAACGUGUUGAAGGUGUGAUCCGAGCUAAUUUGAUCACUACAGAUACAGAUUAACAGAAAACCAUAAUCAAUACAGAUCAAUACCUAAUGUUCCCUUUAUCUCUGUGCUAGCGUGUUAGCUGUAGCUGCUGCUAUCUAGAACAUUAUCUGAACUAUCUAAUCUAGAUAAACUGACGCUCAUAACUUAUUAAUCAAACUCCUGUUUGUGACGUUACUGGUCAGUAAGCGAGUGCGUUAGCCUUUAGCUUUAGCCUUUAGCUUUAGCUUUAGCCAGUAAGUCGUACCUGUGAAGGUGUUCACUUUCACGUGCUGCUGUUUUUACCCAGAAUGCCAUUCAAACAACUCAACAAACCAAACUGAAAACUCUCUCAACUAAACAAACACUAUUAAAUACGAACAAGACUCUUAUUUUGUACUGGACGAGUUAGAGAGGCUGAAAUCUAGUCGACCAAAUACCUGCUUUCCUUUAUUCUCACUGCACUGGACAAAAAAUCAUAUUUUACUGAGUGAAAUCAGAUUAAAUCUGAUCAAUAUAUCUAAUGUUUCUCAUUAUUGGGCUGUUGUAAGAAUAUCAGAAGAUUAUUAAAGAUCUGCAUAUUAUAACUUGUUUUUUUAAGUCAUUAUUAUUAUUAUUAUUAUUAUUAUAAGCUUUAUUUCUUGGAAUAAGCCAGUUAUUUUGCAUUACAUCAAAAUUCUGUGUUAUUUCCUGAAAAAGGAUCUGUGUCAUUUACUUCAUUAUUUUUAAAAUAAGGCCGUUUUAAUGCAUUAUUUAUUGAAAAAAAAGCUAAAUUAUUUACCAGUCGGGAAAUUUCACUAGAUAAAAAAUUACUCAAAUUCUAAAAAUAUGUUAGAUAAUCUUUUAAUAAUCUUGCAACAGUCUCAUAAUUAGAAAUGCAUAUUUUGAGUGGAUUUAAGAUGGUUUCAUGUGUAAAUAUGAUUUUUUGCAGUGUAAUUGAUUCUUUACUGUUUCUUUAUAAAUGUGGAUUCGUUUUUGG